AUGUUUUUGGCAUUGUUGUUAAUCUGUCAAUGUCUUGAACUGACAGAAUUGGAGACAAUUCUUUUUGGUUUUGUUCUCUAUUUAAGAAAGGUACACUAUCGGCAUCAUACCUCGAGUCCUUCUCAGUUACUCAAACAUGAAUGCUUGUGCUCCAAUAUAACAACUUUUGAACCAACUGUGACGAAAUCUGUCUUAAGCUCAUUUAUUUGGGUUCCCAAGCCAGACAUUUUUUUCUCUGAGCUUUCAAAUUUGUUUUCGAAGCUCUUCUACAUUGAACUUAUUUCUGCCUAUAUAGUAUUCAUUUCCGUAGUAAACCAUUCUGGAGCCUCGUUUUUUCUUGCAUCCAUUACACCGGAUUUUAUGACAUCUGUGCCCAUCUGA